CUCUGACUUAUUGCUUCUGUUUCAAAGUCUGAAGACUAUAAUCACAAACUCCUGCGUCGGCUCAAGCUCUCCUUGCUGAAAAGACAACUCCAGUAGGACUCAGGAUGAAAGUGAUCCCUUCACUCCUGUUAGCCUCCCUGCUCCUCCUGCUGCUCCCGUCCACUGAAAUGAAAAGGCCAGGAAAGGGCAGAGGCCUCAGAGGAGCAAGACAUAAACUUAAAAGGGACAGGUAUGGAUUUGCUCUUGGAUCUAAUUUAUACACCUCACUUUUCACAGAGUCUAACACCCAUGUAUGGGUAAGAGGCUCUGGACGUCACAGCAGAUCAGAUCCCUUCAGGUUUGUGCCAUCAAACUGUUCAGAGUCGACAGAAUCUGGAGAGGUCUAUGUGGACUGUCAGGACCGCCGUCUCGCCUCCAUUCCCAUGUCAAAGAUCUGGUCCAGAGAACCCAAACACCUCCUGUUAGCCCGCAACCGCAUCAAAGUCCUUCGCGAUGGAGCCUUCUUUGGAUACGGCAGUUUGACCAGUCUGGACCUGCAGCAGAACCAGAUCUCUUUGGUGGAGGAAGGCACCUUCCAGGGCCUGACUCGACUUAGAACCCUGUUGCUGCAGCACAACCGCCUGGGAACGCUCAGUGAGGAGGCUCUCAUCCCAAUGCCAAACCUUCGCUACUUGCGCUUGUAUGAUAAUCCCUGGAACUGUGAAUGCCCAAUGGAUAGCCUCAUACGCACUCUUCAGGUCCCAAGCAACCGUAAUCUAGGAAAUCAUGCCAGGUGUGCAGAGCCCCUCAGGCAAAGGAACAGAAAGCUGAAGGAAAUCGAUGCUGAGUUACUGUGUAAAGAGUCACCAUCAACCGGAACCCCACAGGGCGACCAAACGGACCCCACAAGCCUCAUACAGCCAAGUCCAAUUCGCAGCAAACAGGACGCUACAGCACUGUGCCACACCUACAUUUUCCCCCAAAUAAGGUUGGACUGCAGGAACCGAGGUCUAACCAAGGUGCCCACAGGUAUUCCAGAGGAUGUUGUUCACAUCGAUCUGUCCCAUAAUGCAAUCCGUCACCUCAGAGCCAAAGAUUUUCACGGAGCAAGAAGCCUCAGAACGCUUAACCUCAGUCACAACAAGAUGGAGCACAUUGACACAGGUUCCCUGUCUGGGCUCCUGCACCUUCGUGAGCUGGACUUGUCAGAAAACGGCCUGUAUUUUGUUCAGUACGGUGUUCUUGAAGACCUCUAUUUCCUAUCACAGCUAAAACUGGAGGGAAACCCCUGGGUGUGUGACUACAGCAUUCACUACAUGGUGUAUUGGCUGCGUCUGCACCCAGCAGUGAAGCACUCGGGCCUGUUGUGUCAUUCUCCUCCUGAACACACUGGGGAGAGUGUGGAGGAGUAUGUGCAUUCCUACAACCGAGAGUGUCCAAAGGAGAGACAGCACAGCAGAACGGAUUCGGACCAAACGGACCCUGAGCUCUGGAACACGCCGUUGGAAGCACAGGGAGAGCUGGAGGAGGAGGAGCAGGAGCCGAGCCACUUGAGAAUGCCGCAGAAAUACCAGAUUAUCAGGCUGUCUUGACUCGUGUGAAAAUUCACUUUAAAAAAGGUUCUUUGUUUUCUUUUGACUAACUUUUUUCAGUAUUGUAAAAUAGUCUGCAUCAGAUCGAUUAAUAACAUUUUUGUUGCUUUUAUGUUUUGUCACUCUUGUCUUUUUUUUUUAAUCAAAAAUAAAAAAAGAUCGACAUUUUUGAUAGUUUUGACCAAAUAUUACUGUUAAAGAACAAGAUUUCUAUUGGUCACUGCACACUGAAGUAAAAUAUGAGUAUUGCACAUGAAAGGUGUUAUUAAAAAAGUCAUACUUAG